GCUGGGCGGGGCGACACCUCCGAGGGCCCAGCGCGCCCCUGGCCAGCCAGCUCAGAGGCCCCCUCCUCCGCCGGGUUCAGCCGGGUCCUCCGGGUCAGGAUGCCCCCGGGGCCGCCAGACCGCGGGCGGGGGGGAGGGGACAGCUUCCUUUGUCUCCUGCGCCUCCUUCCCUCAUCCCGGCUCUCUUGCGGCAAGGCGCACGGGGGAAACCAGCCGGACCCUCCUCCGGCCUCCGGGCCGGGCCGGGCCCGAGCCUCCAGCUACUCACUGCAGUGGGCGAAGACCGGCAGGACCUGCCCCAUGGCCCCCCUCGGGCCUGCAUCGGGACCCCCGCCCGCUCCGGCCGCGCCGCCCUGGGCCCGGGGCCGCGGCUGCUCAUCCUCGUCGCGCCCACGACGCCGCUGCCAUCCUCGCCGCCGCCUCCUCCUCCCGGGCUGCUCCAGCAGCCGCCGCCGCCCUCUGCUCGGCUCCGCUCGGCUCGGCGCGGGCGGGCGGGGCCUCGGUGGAGCGGGCACUGCAGCGCGGGGGCCGGGGGCGCGGCCAGGCGACCAAGGGGGCGGGGAGGGGCGGGCAAACGCGGGCCCGCCCCCUCCCUGGGGCGUGGUCUCUUGACUAAAGGCGCUCAGCGGGGUGCGGGAGGCAGGUGGAGAGAGUGGAGCCUUCUGGAUCCGCGGGCGGGAGGAUGGGGGCCCUGGGCCGGCUGCUGGAGUGUGUCCUCUGGCCAGCGAUGCGCCCAGAGGCCACACCGGGGUGGCGUGGCCUCUUGGGGCCUGCACUUCGGAGCGAGCGCGGCGCAGGGCUGGCGGCACUGCGCUUGGCUCGCUUUACCCGGGCUACCCGCGGGCUGGGCUUUUUUAGCGGUCCUCCACGGCCACGCCCACGGCAACCGCAGGGUGCGAGCCGCCCGCUUCGGCGCCCGCUGCCUGCCUGGCCACGUGCUGGAGGAGCUGGGCCCCGCGUCCUGCGAGCCCGAGGCCGUGCGCGGGGCGCUGCGCCGGGCUUUCCUGAACGCCGACCAGCGCCUGCGCGCGCUCUGGUCCCGUGGCGAACCGGGCGGCUCCACCGCCGUGGCGUAGCUCGUGCCCCCGUGCUUUCUCCACCUGGCUCGCUGCGGUGACCCCCGAGCGGUGCUGAGCCGCGCCGGCGCCGUGGCCUUCAGCCCGGAGGACCACCGGCCGUCCGGCCGCGGGAACGCGGGCGGCACCCUCCGCCGCCGGCGCGUCCUAGGCUCUCUGGCCGUGUCGCGAGCGCUAGGCGACUUUGCCUACAAGCAGGCUCCGCGGAGGCCCCCCGAGCUGCAGCUGGUUUCCGCCCAGCCCGAGGUGGCUGCUCUGGCUCGCCGGGCUGAGGACCAGUUCGUGCUCCUGGCCUCGGACGGCGUGUGGGACGCGAUGUCUGCAGCUGCCCUGGCGCCACUGGUGGCCUCGCGCCUCGGUCUGGGCCUGGCCCCGCAGCUUCUCUGCGCGCAGCUGUUGCACACGUGUCUGUGCAAGGGCAGACUGGACAGCAUGACCUGCAUGGUGGUCUGCUUCCCAGGGGCCCCCGGGCCGUGUGAGGAGGCGAUCCAGAGGGAGCUGGCGCUGGAUGCGCCAGAGUUGCUGGUGAGCAGGGGCCCAGAGCCCAGGGGGAGGGGCGAUGCCAACAGGGGCUCCCCCACAACUCUGACCCCCUUCUCAGAGCUGUGUGCCUCUGCUCGGGAGCCCCUCAGCCUGAACACCAUCUUCAGGACUCUAGCCUCUGAGGACACGCUGGAUUUGCCUCCUGGGGGAGGCCUGCACUGCAAGGCUACUGUCAUCGCUGAAGCUUAUUCUCCACUCCACCAGGCCUCAGAAGAGUGUUGGGAGAAAGUGCAGUUUGGGGCCGGGAAGCCCCCAGCUGCCAUUUCAACUCUGCUUUGCACUUGGAAGCCUGACAGCUUCUAUUUUGGGGGGUCGUGCACCUUCUGCUCAGCUGAGGCCAACAGAACAAAAGAAGAAAACUGUCUCCUUCCCAGUGGAAGACAGUGGAUGCCAGAACCCCAGAAAGCUUGUUUCCCUUUUUCCUACUUCUUCCUCACAGAAAAGUCCUGUGAGAGGGGAAAUUCCACCACCAUCCACCCCCAAAACAAAAACAAAACAAAAAUCCCUAAACCAAAAUUGUUUUGAAAAUUUUGAACUGAACAGAUCUUAAAAGAUCAUCCAGUUCAACCACUUUCACUUUCCUUCCUAGUUUUCAUCUGUUUUUCUAACAGCUGUAAGGAAGAGUUUUGAUUAUUAGAUUUUAAUUGUUUAGCCAGGUGUGUUGGUGCAUACUUGUAAUCCUAGUACUCAGGAGACUGAGGCAGAAGGAUAACCAUGAGUUCAAGGCCAGCUUGGGCUCCACAGUGAGUUCAAGUCCACCCUGAACUACAUGGCAAGACCCUGUCUCAAACCUCCCUAAAAGAUUUUAAUUAUUUAAGUAAUUUCAAAUAUAUUUUCUUAUUUUAAAAAGUUAUUUUCCCAGUCAGCAAAUAUGUAGGGGAGCCUGAUGUAUGUCGGGCCCCAUUCACAGGCGUGAGGUAUGAGACUGCCAAUUCCCUGAGAUCAUCUCAAGCCAUAAUAAGCAUCUCAGCACUUGGGCACCUGAGGGAAGAGGAUCACUGUGAGUCUGAGGCUAGGUUGGGCUACAUAGUCAGACCUUGCCUCCAAAGACAAAACAAAAUCAAGAAGAAGAAAAAGAAGAAGGAGGAGGAGGAGGAGGAGGAAGAGGAGGAGAAGAAGAAGCCAGCCAGUUGCAGUGCUGUAUGUCCACAGUCACAGCUACAUGGGAGGCUGAGGCAGGAAAAUCACCAGUUGGCGCCGUAUAUCCUGGACCAUUCAGGAAAAUUCACCAAAGAACAAAAUCAGAAGAUGACCAGGGAAAUGCUUUGUUGCUGUUUUAAUUUUUAAAUUAAUUCAUUUAGUUUUUGAAUGGGUAAUUAAUUCACUCAUUUUUAAAUUCAAAGGGUACAAGAUGGGGUCCAAUGGAUAGUUUUUUCCAUCCUCCCAUCCUUCCACUGAUUCGUCCAGCAGGGGUGACCGUUUGACCAGGCAAGGUCUCUGUGGAGGGGAUAAUUGAGCGAUGACCUGACCAGAGAGGAGCCAGCCCUGUAAAUACCCUGGGGAGAAGACCAUCUAGGGCAGAAGGAAUAGCCGGUGCAAGGGUCUAAGAGCAGCAAGGAGUUGGGCGUUUUCCUUAUGAGGUUUGGAUUCUCUGUGACCACAUUUCCCACAGUCCCUCCCCAUGCCAUUGGUAACCACGGCAGUGAGUUUGGAGUGGCUUUGCCAGACUCUGUGUGUGCACACAUGCAUUGUGUCUUGCUGCUCCUUGAUUCCUCCAUGCCCGACAUACCAUUUGGCAGCUUGCUCUCUUCACUCAAAAUACACUAAAAACUUUACCACCAGGGGCGGUGGCACACGACUGUAACUGCAGCAUUGGAGAGGCUGAGGCAGGUGGAUCAUUGUAGGAGGCCAGCCUACAAGUUUGUCCUAACCCGGGGCGUGACACAGGCUUAAACCACAAAGACACAUAAUGAUUUAGAAAAGGAUGGCCAGGGGACUCUGCUCCAGUGAACGAACAGCCCUGGACUGACUGUGCUCCUCACUUUUAUUGGACUCACACAAAGAAGAAGCAAGCAAGCAUGUGAUCCAGGGUUCAGGGAAAUUUCAUCAGGCUCUCAUAAUUUACAGAUUGCACCCAAAUCUAUAUUUUCUUUAAUUAGACUUCAGCUGCAGUUGUUUCUCUCCCUGGAACUGGUUGAUGCCAGUGUGCUAAAGAGCAGCCCAAGGGGACAGCUUUCUAUCUUUACCGCUGAGUCCCAAGGACCUAGGCCUUGGUCUUUACCCCUGGUUUCCCUCAGAUCUCAGUAAAGUCAAGGCCAUACUGGGCUACGUAGUGAAUUCAAGGCCAGCCUGAACUACAGAGCAAUACCCUGCCUCAACAAAAUAAAA